CUCAAUUUUAUAGCUUCAAACUUCAAACCUCCAGAAAACUGAACAGAGGAUGGGGUGCGGUGCCAGCUCCAAAGUUUCUCAACCAGCUGGCUUCAUUGACAUCGCUGGAGAUUGCAGGACCCGCAAACGCCGAACACGAAGAUGUGCUGCGAUCUGUGUGCUCCCAAGCAACGUCGUUGAUGGAAGCGAUUUGGUGGACUUGGAUGCCGAUGAUCUGAUAGAUCCCAAAGGCUCGUGGAAGUCCAAUGUGGCAAGACCAUCAAGACCUCCUGGGCUCCGGGUUCCUAUGCCACCCAACCGCAAGAUGCAUGAGAGGCACAUGACGAAGAUGAAUCGCUUCUUGGAGCAGAUGGAUCCUGAGAGCUUGAACGUGGCGGUGGAUUUGAAGCGGGAACUCCAUGACCUGAGGGGGAAGCUUGAGCCAGAGGCUAUCAUCAACUCGCAGUGAUAUGUACUAUAGUCAUAGAAUUAGUGGUUAUACUGUUAUACUAGUAUAGUAUGGAAGUGUUUUCCAUGGCUUUUCAGGUUUAUCAACACCGACCCCAGACUUUUUAAGUAGAA